GGACCGGGGCACCGGGGGUGGAACGGAAAGAGGGGCGGCGGCGGCGGGGCCGGGCCUGGCCGGGCCGGGCCGGGCCGGGAGGUGGAACGCGCGGCCCCGCUGAACCCGCCGCGGGGCCUGCGGGAGCAGCAUGGCCGCCAGCCUGUGGAUGGGGGACACUGUUGAGCCUGGUUCAUGCAUGCCUGCUGGUUUUGAGUGGCAUCGACCCUCUUAAAUGAGUCUUCUUUUUGAAGUCUGGAGCCCUAUAUGGAUGAAAACUUUGUUUCAAGAGCCUUUGCCACCAUGGGAGAGCUUGUACUGAGUGUAAAAAUCAUUCGAAACAGGUUGACAGGAAUUCCAGCAGGCUAUUGCUUUGUAGAAUUUGCAGAUCUAGCUACUGCAGAGAAAUGUUUACACAAAAUUAAUGGAAAACCACUUCCUGGUGCUACACCGGCGAAACGAUUUAAAUUGAAUUAUGCAACAUAUGGAAAACAGCCUGAUAACAGUCCAGAAUAUUCCCUUUUUGUGGGAGACCUGACUCCUGAUGUGGAUGAUGGGAUGUUAUAUGAAUUUUUUGUUAAAGUUUAUCCAUCGUGUAGAGGUGGAAAAGUUGUUUUGGACCAGGCAGGAGUAUCCAAAGGUUACGGGUUCGUGAAAUUCACAGAUGAACUGGAACAGAAGAGAGCACUGACAGAGUGUCAGGGAGCUGUGGGGUUGGGCUCUAAACCUGUACGCUUGAGUGUGGCUAUACCAAAAGUUAAUCGUGUGAAACCAACGGAGUACAAUCAGAUGUACAGCUAUAACUACAACCAGUAUUACCAACAGUAUCACAACUACUACGCUCAGUGGGGGUAUGACCAGAACACGGGCAGUUACAGCUACAGCUACCCCCAGUAUGGCUACACACAGAGCACCAUGCAGACAUAUGAAGAAGUUGGUGAGGAUGCAUUGGAAGAUCCCACACCUCAGUUAGAUGUCCACGAAGCAAACAAGCAGUUUAUGGAACAGAGUGAAGAGCUCUAUGAUGCCUUGAUGGACUGUCAUUGGCAGCCUUUGGACACUGUCUCAUCAGAGAUCCCAGCUGUGUUAUAGCCUCGUUGCUGAGGCGUUGUGUCUGUGAGACAUCCUCCCCAUGUGCUCCAGACUGUUACUCUGCCCCCGGAUCCUGCAGCUGUGAGGGGUGGCCCUUUCCCCACCCAGGUCAGGUACUCGGAGUACAGGAGGACUGUGGCCUUUCCUGUAGAGAACAAGUAUUGUAGGAGCAUCACAGUAACCUUUAUUCAUGGUGAAGAUUAGAACUGCAACAGUUUUAUUCCUUUUGUCUUGAAAUGAACCCUUAAUACUUACUGGGAAUUGUAAUUUAUAAACUCAGCAAGAUGGCACAGGAGAGAGACUCUACUCCAUCGUACAAUAAAAAAGUUGGUCUUUUAAGUAAAAUUACCCUUUGCAUUUUGGUUCCUGCCCAUCUUUCUGCUUUGCUGCCCAUUCAACUGUCUUAAGUCAUUUGACCCAACGCUCACGAAUGAGUUAUUUCAAAAAAGAUCAUUGUUGGACACCACUAAAAUGUCUCAAAAUCUUUCCAGUGACUGGGUAAGGUUGCUGUAACUUGAGCAUGUGAUGAAAGCUUAUGUUGUGGUUAACUUAAGCUGUGAUCUUGAGCUUGCAAGUUUGAUAUUCUUAAGCAAUCAACCCAAAGAGCACUUCGGAGAAAAAAGACAGAAAGGAGUGUUAUAAAGCUUUUACCUGAUGAUACCUUGCACACCUGGCCUGCUUUUCCACCUGUGUAUGAGGAAAUAAUUCCCCAUGAACCAGCAGUUUAAAACACUUCUCUCAGCAACCAUAUUUAAAUGUUAUUUUGUGUAUCAUGCCUUUAUUUUUUUUAUUGUGGACACACCUUGAUGGUCUCAUUGAGAAGUUGAGAUUUUGUAGUGUCUUCCACUGUCCAAUCAGAAAGAAACUAAAGAUCUUGCAGCAAAAACGGGUCAGAGCAAUUGCGUUGAUAUAUUGUGCAGCAAAUGCUUGUUAACUUGGAAAGCAGUUUUCUACUGGAUGUUGUAUAAGCUGGAUGGACAAGCAAUAUAUUUAAGCUGAUAUGUUGCAUUAGAGGUGAAAGUGAAAAUAAUAGCACUUAUAUACAUGUUAUAAGCCCUUUUUCAGGCUUUUGUGCCUUAAACUCUUGGAGAAGUAGGAACAGAGAAACUACCUGUAAUAAAUGUCUGUCCAAGGAAUAGUUUGGUAACUGAAAUUGCUACUGCAGAGCAUUUCGUUGCCUCCCUGCCCAUGUUGAUGCAGAGAUUUGCCACAAAAUUUAAAUACUUUGAUAAAGCUACUUCUACU